AUAUAUCCGCUAUCUUUCCGGAAAUUUCCAAUUAUAUAUAGUGUUAACAAUGUUUUGUUUACUACACCUAGCGCCGCUCACUGCCUUGCUCGUUUCGUCAAAAGCAGAAUCUACCAUGAGAAAUAUCGUUAUGCUGGCAGCGCUUCUUGCGUCAGUUGCUGCUUAUGAUCGAACAGAUGCGUCAAAAUGUACAAAAGAUAAAGCAGACAUUUUCUUCUUGCUGGAUUCGUCAGACAGUACCAGCCAACUCUUUGCAAAACAGAAGAUUUUUGUGAAUAAGGUCCUGGAUUCUUUGGAAGUUGAAUACGGCAAAGUCCAUAUCGGCAUUGCAACAUUUAGUGAUUCAUUCUUUCUGAACGUUGAUCUGACUUACGAUGUUUCCUAUCUCAAAAUGUACCUCGGCCAUAUAUACCCGAUGGGUGGAAGCACGAAAAUAGGAUCAGCUUUAAAGAGUUUACAAGCCGAUGGAUUCGGAAGUCACAGAGCGAGACGAACCGCUACCAAAAUUGCAAUAGUUUUAACAGACGGUCAAAGUUCAGAUGAUCCGAUAGCAGCUGCGAAAACAUUAAUGGCAAAAAACGUUAAGGUAUUCGCUGUUGGUGACACAUAUAUGAACAAUCAAGCAGACUUAAGGAUGAUUGCAAGUCGACCAACAAGCUAUUAUGUCUUUAAUUUGGAUUCCCACGACCUGAUUGGAUCGAUCAAGAAUGCAGUGCAAUGCGUAUCUCCUAAAACUGAUUGUUCAGUAUUGCACAACAUUAACUUACAGUUCCUUAUUGAUACUCCGAGUUAUAGCCAGAAGACUUCCUUAAAGCUCAUCAACUUUGUUGCGGAAACCUCUGCAAUGCUGAAAGAGACGAAUGCAGAGUUUGCUCUAGGAGUGAACUUUGGUGUCAUGGGGCACCAAGAUAUAGCUCCGAAUUAUCACACACAAUUGGCUCUCAAAAAUAUCAGUAGUUUCCGUUUUUAUAAACAAGUCGGGAUGAUUGAUUCUUUUCUAAGUUUCUUAGCAAAAGGACGACUGGACAGAAAUCAGAGAACUCUUUUAAUAAUAUUUAUUGACGAAAGUGCCGAACCUUUGAAAGAACUCAGAGACAAGAUUGAACGUUUAAAACUAAAAUAUAGAGGGCUUUUCUCUUUUUUCAUUAUAACAUUUGGACCUUCGGUUAACAGACAUGUGGCAAGAAGUAUGGCAAGUAAUCUGAGUUUUUACUUUCAUAUCCCAGAUGUUCGCUAUAUGGAAGUCAGUCACGAAGAUUUCGUGAAACUUCUUUGCGGGUCUUCUGCUUCUUAUUAUAAUAAAAACUUCAAAUAAUCAAUCAAUCCAAAA